CUCAACUUUAUCCAAACACAAAACAACACUAUCUACUUCUAUUACACAAGCUCGCUAUACUUACUGAUCGAUCACUGCUGAGUGUUUUUCAGUAAGCUGCCUCUUAUUCAUUACUCCAACAAACACAGAGAGAGAGAGAAAGUUCUACUUCAAAAUCAUAUCUCACCUGCAUAAAUGGAUGUUUUCUCUCCUUAUAAUUCCCCAGACUCCGAGAGUAGUAGCUAUGGUCGCGGUCUGAACUUUUCCGACGAGGAGCUUCUGUUGGCUUCCAGGAAUCCGAAGAAACGUGCCGGCAGGAAGAAGUUCAAGGAAACCAGGCACCCAGUGUACCGGGGUGUCAGGAGAAGGAACUCCGGCAAGUGGGUAUGCGAGGUGCGCCAGCCCAACAAGAAGUCCAGGAUAUGGCUGGGGACGUUCCCCACUGCCGACAUGGCGGCGCGCGCUCACGAUGUCGCAGCAAUAGCGAUGCGUGGUCGGUCUGCUUGCCUUAAUUUCGCAGACUCGGUGAGGAGGCUGCCGGUGCCGGCGUCCGGGGAUGUGAAGGACAUUCAGAGGACUGCUGCAGAGGCGGCGGAGUUGUUUCGACCAGCAGAGUCGUUGGACGGAUCAACAUCGCAGGCGGAUGAAGACAAGAGGGAGUGGCCCAAGAGUAUUUUGUUUGUGGAUGAAGAGGCGGAGUGCGGGAUGACAGUGUGGAGGCUGGUGGCAGAUAUGGCAGAGGGGAUGCUUUUGCCUCCACCCUUUUGUGCGGGAAAUGAUUUUUAUAUUAAUGACGUGGAAGAUUCAGCUGACGUGUCAUUAUGGAGUUACUCCAUUUAGUUGUUUCUGUUUUUAUAGUACCAUAAUUUUUAAUAGAAGUAUAUAUUUUUAAUAUUAUGCGGUGUACAUUUGAGUGUAUAACGUUCGAAAAUAGAAUGGAUACUUAAGAUGAGACCAUUAAUCGGCACUUUAUAUAUAUAUAUAUAUAUAUAUAUAUAUAUAUAUUAUAGAGUGCUGAUAAUAGUUGUGUUCUAGAGAGGGGGGAUUGGUGCAAAAAUGCACAAUCAUGAAAUGCAUUAGAGUAUGCGUGUAAACUCUAUAUGCUGUAUGUAACCAAGUAGCAAUGUUAUGUCAUUAACAUUUAUACAUCUCUCUCUCUCUCUCUCUUCUUAAAUUUAAGAGUUUUGACAAGAAUAUUCGUAAUAAAAAUUCUAUGCAUAAACUACUAUUCACUUUCA